GUAGUAGUACUCGAGUGCUUAACGGAGAAGACAACCGAAGCUUCGCUAAUGGCGGAUUUGCAGAAGUUUCUUGGAGAUCGCUGCUUAACCGUUUUGAAUAUCCCAGGCAAAGGCCGCUCUCUAUUUACUGCCAGAGAUUUUCGUCCAGGAGAAGUGAUUCUAAGCCAAGAACCAUAUAUUUGUGUUCCGAAUAAUGAAUCAAGAUGUGAUGGAUGUUUCAAGACCAAUAAUCUUAAGAAAUGUUCCGGUUGUCAAGUGGUUUGGUACUGUGGGAGCUCAUGCCAGAAGUCAGAGUGGAAGUUGCAUCGCCAUGAAUGCAUAGCUCUCUCUAGGCUUGAGAAGGAGAAACGAAUGUUAGUGACUCCUACAAUACGUCUGAUGCUGAAGCUUUACAUCAAGAGGAACUUACAAAAUGAUAAGGUCAUGCCAAUCACGACAACAGACAAUUACAGUUUGGUGGAGGCUAUGGUGUCCCAUAUGUCUGAGCUUGAUGAAAAGCAGCUGAUGUUGUAUGCACAGAUGGCUAAUCUUGUGAACUUGGUUCUUCAGUUACCUAGUAUUGAUCUAAAAGAGAUUGCUGAGAACUUUUCAAAGUUCUCAUGCAAUGCUCAUAGCAUUUGUGAUAGCGAAUUGAGACCUCAAGGGAUAGGAUUGUUUCCCUUGGUUUCCAUAAUUAAUCACAGCUGCUCCCCCAACGCAAUUUUAGUGUUUGAAGAACAGAUGGCUGUCGUUCGAGCUAUGGAGAAUAUAUCGAAGGAUUCAGAGGUAACUAUCAGCUACAUUGAAACCGCUGGAAGCACUCUGACUCGACAGAAGUCUCUGAAAGAACAAUACCUCUUCCACUGCGAGUGUGCGGGAUGCAGUAACAUUGGCAAACCUCAUGAUAUUGAAGAAAGUGCAAUAUUGGAAGGCUAUCGGUGUGCCAAUGAGACUUGCACUGGUUUCUUACUCCGUGAUCCUGAUGAAAAAGGCUUUGUUUGCCAGAAAUGCAAGCUUCUUAGGAGCAAGGAAGAGGUAAAAAAGUUAGCGGGUGAUGUCAAAACAGUUUCAGAGAAGGCUCCUGCAUCUCCUUCCGCAGAAAAUAAACAGGACGCUAUUGCACUAUAUAAAGCAAUGGAGAAACUACAUAUUAGGCUUUACCAUUCUUUCUCCAUCACUUUAAUGAGAACCCGUGAAAAACUUCUCAAGAUGCUAAUGGAAGUAGAAAGCUGGAGAGAAGUUUUGAAUUACUGCAGACUAAUAGUCCCUGUUUACCAAAGAAUAUAUCCAGCAACCCAUCCUUUGAUUGGACUGCAGUUCUAUACCCAGGGAAAACUCGAAUGGUUGCUGGGGGAAACCGAAGAAGCAGUGAGGUCACUGGCUAAGGCUUUUGAGAUUCUACGGAUCAGCCACGGAACAAGUACACAUUUCAUGAAAGAGCUCUCGGAAAAAUUGGAUGAGGCUCGUGCAGAAGCUUCUUAUAAACUGCUUGCGUUAAAGGACGCUUGCAAUGACGACAACUAGCAAGUUCGAUUCUUACUUCUUCUCCUCAUGAUCAGAAUCACACUUUCUUUACUCUCUGCAAAAAUCAUCUUGAUGUUUCUGAAAUUGUCUUUAGAAAAUUUUAGAGCCGAAAACUGAUCAAAUGCCACUUCUGAUUUGAGUGUUAUAUUG